UUCAUUCCCCACGCCAUUAACGUCAUCGUAGUUCGCGCUCAACUCAAAUCGAAAAUUUCAGGCCAAAAAGUACGAUACAUUCGCGGACCGUGCUGUAACGAGGUGUUACUUGUGGUUGUGUCAAAUGUUUAUAUAGUGCAAAAGCGAUUCAUACCGAAGGAUACCAUUUCCUUGCCUACUAUAGUUUUUGCUUUUGAAAAUUUACUACCCACUUCAAAAUGACGGAGGGUCCGAGCGACCUCGAGCUGCGUAGGAGACAAUUCAAAGGCCAAAUGUCAACAGUACACACCCGAAGACAACAGGCUGUGUGUGUGAGGAGGGCUUACAAAAGAUAUGGAACGAAAAACAAUCCCUGUGUUAUUUUGGAUGGUUUGAACAUGACCGUACCAAAGGGAUGUAUAUAUGGGCUACUUGGUGCAAGUGGAUGUGGCAAAACUACGUUGCUCAAUUGUAUAGUGGGAAGAAAAAGGCUCAACGCUGGUGAGUUAUGGGUUCUUGGAGGAACACCGGGAUCAAAAGGCAGCGGAGUUCCUGGACCAAGAGUUGGUUACAUGCCACAGGAAAUAGCUCUCUAUGGUGAAUUUACCAUCAGGGAAACACUGAAAUACUUUGGAUGGAUAUCUAACAUGACCACCAACGAAGUAGAAGCAAAAGUUGACUUUUUCAUCAAUUUUCUCAUGUUGCCUGAUGCUGAUAGACAAGUAAAAAAUCUCAGUGGUGGACAACAGAGGAGAGUUUCUCUAGCUGCUACACUAUUGCAUGAACCAGAGCUUCUCAUUUUAGACGAACCAACUGUUGGAGUCGAUCCUCUUCUAAGAACGAACAUCUGGAAUCACCUUGUAGAAAUAACAAAGCACGGAAGAACUACUGUGAUCAUUACCACACAUUACAUCGAUGAAACUAGACAGGCUCACUUGAUUGGACUCAUGCGUGGGGGUUACUUUUUGGCAGAAGAGUCUCCAGAACGACUAAUUUCUCAAUUCAGUGCCGAAAGCUUGGAGGAUGUAUUUCUUAAACUUAGUGUAAUACAAAAUAUGGGGAAGAGACGGCGAUCCAGCAUACUACAAGGCGUAACGGAAUCAAUACGUGUUCCCGAGUUGCCUGGCGGAGCUAUCAAUGACGCUGCUGUAUUAGAUGAUGAAGUCGGAGAAAUAUCUGGCGAAUUUGGGGAUAAUAUUUCUAUGACCAGCAGAGCAAGUAGACGAGUAUCUAUCGCUCCGGAACCAUCAGUCGAAUUUAUUCAAACAGACUUACCUCCAGAGGAUAAACCUCAUACACCAAUAGGAGAUUACUUUAAAAUUUUGAAAAUAAAUCACAUGCGAGCUCUUGUUUGGAAAAACUUUCUUUGGAUGUGGAGAAAUAUUCCAGUAAUGUUGUUCAUCAUUGGUCUUCCAGUAGGUCAAGCCAUACUAUUCUGUCUUUCGAUCGGACAUGAACCCUUUGGACUCAAAAUAUCGGUAGUUAAUAAUGAGAUCAACUUUCCAGAAGAACAAUGCAGACAAGUAUUUGGAUGUAACAGCACAAAACUAAGUUGUAAUUACUUGGAUUUUGUUGCUCAGAAUUACUCUGUGAAUUUUGAAUAUCAAGAAACCGAAGAAGAAGCAAGGAAGAUGGUGCAAAAAGGAAACUCAUGGGCCGUUAUCGUAAUCGCUCAUAAUUUUUCUGAUGCUAUGAGGUCCAGAGUUGAGUGGGGAAGAGAUACACCUCCGGAGGAUAUUCUUAGUUCGACUAUUAAUGUCUACCAAGAUAAAUCCAAUGAAAACAUAGCAACUUAUCUUUCAAGGGACUUGUUAUUCGGAUUCGUGGAUUUUCUCAGUUCCUACUUAGUUUCCUGUGAAAUAGAUCCAAAAAUCGCUGGACUACCAAUACGGUGGGAACAGCCAAUAUAUGGAUUUGAAGAACCAGAUUUCACAAACUUUGCUGCACCAGGUGUAACAUUGACCAUUAUAUUUUUCAUGGCAGUAGCUCUGACUUCUGGAGCAAUGAUUAUGGAAAGGAAUGAAGGAAUUCUGGAGCGUUCAUUAGUGAAUGGAAUAAGUGGCCCUGAGCUUCUCUCUUCUCAAAUUAUCACCCAAUUUGUGGUUAUUCUUGGGCAAACAGUAAUGGUGCUCUUGGUGGCAUUUGUCUUCUUUGGUUUAACACAAAAUGGAAGUUGGUGGGUGCUCUUUAUACUUACCCUACUAGCUGGAGUCUGUGGAAUGUGCUUUGGAUUUGUAGUUUCUUGUGUAUGUGAUAACGAAAGAUCGGCAACGUACAUGGCUUUGGGUAGUUUCCUUCCAAUUGUGAUGCUCUGCGGUAUAAUCUGGCCAAUAGAAGCAAUGAACAAAUAUUUGAAAAUAAUAUCUUUCGUCCUUCCAUUGACCCAAGCUACAGAAAGCUUGAGAUGCGUUCUUGCUAGAGGAUGGGGACUAGCAAAUCCUGUUGUCUACAAUGGUUUCAUAUCUCUUACUCUUUGGAUUUUGAUUUUCUUAACAAUUAGUAUACUAGUACUCAAAUUUAAGAAAGGUUAGGGUGUCAUGAACUGUGAUUUCUAGAUUAUAAUAAAUAUUGUUUCUUAGUGUUUGUAGGUAAUUUAAUUCCAGAAUAAAAAUGUUAUUACUUUGAUGUA